GGAGCCCAAGCCGCGAGCAAUGUGGUCCACACCUCCUGGCUGACAGAGGCGGUAUCCAGAUUCCGAGGUCUCGCUUCUUGGUGUAGUGUCGCUGAACCCCAGUACCUACACCCUUCCUUCCUAUCCUCCCCAUGGACGGAAUCGCGCCGCUCUAGGAGGAGUCUAAAUAUUCUCUUCUCCCCUAGUUGCAGGGGAUUGUGGUGCGUAAACAGGAUUAACUCUCUCGUCCCCAGCUGCACUGAUCUACUUGCGGCCUGCUGGCCGGAGGGAGCCCACUGGUGCUUGGAGGACGCAGCGUUGGGAGCAGGGGGAUGGGGAGGCUCGGGGCCUCGCAGCUGUCCUUGCGGUGCGCCUCCUCGCCGAGUAGGGCAGGAGGUCGCAACCUCAGGAGCUGCUUCUCAAAAGCCAGUGAGGACUGCCGCGACGGUACAGGCUACUAACGGCAGCCUCCCCUCCUCCUCCUUCUCUGUCUCGCGCUUCCCCUCCGCCCAUCCCGCUCCAGCCACUCGGUGGCAGCCCGCGCUCUUCUCCGCCCCCCGGAAUCACCGCUCCUGCCCUGAGCACAGCCAUGGGGGACCUGCCCGGCCUGGUGCGCCUCUCCAUCGCUUUGCGCAUCCAGCCCAACGAUGGCCCGGUCUUCUUCAAGGUGGACGGGCAGCGCUUCGGCCAGAACCGCACCAUCAAGCUGCUCACUGGCUCCUCCUACAAGGUGGAGGUCAAGAUUAAGCCCACCACGCUGCAGGUCGAGAAUAUUUCCAUUGGCGGUGUGGUUGUUCCACUGGAACUGAAGUCAAAAGAGCCUAAUGGGGACAGAGUUGUGUAUGUGGGCACCUAUGACACAGAAGGUGUGGCCCCAACCAAGAGCGGAGAACGCCAGUCCAUCCAGAUCAGCAUACCGUUCACUAACAUUGGGACCUUCGAGACAGUGUGGCAAGUCAAGUUCUACAAUUACCAUAAGAGAGACCAUUGCCAGUGGGGAAGCCCCUUCUCUGUCAUUGAGUAUGAAUGCAAGCCCAACGAGACACGCAGUCUCAUGUGGGUGAACAAGGAGUCCUUCCUCUGAAGGUGGCUCUUUCUGAUGUUGCUGGACAAUGUCUUCAGAAAUCUACUUUUAGAUAACCCAGCACAAGCCUUCACCAAGGCUCACCACACCGUUGCUGUUUUCCAUUGGGUGCCAAUGACCUACCAGCCCCGAUUAUCUUGAAAGUGUAAUUCCCCUCUGAUGCAAUGUCCCCAACAAAAGAGUAUGAUGUUCCAUCCCCAAGAAGCUCCCUUUCUGUAUUCUGUGUUGAUGUUCCUGCAUCCAGUUGUUCUCGACCACGCUUUGGCCGCUUGUGAGGACCUCCGUGGAAUUGCCAGGCGUGUUCCAUCCUUAAU